AAUGGGGUCAAAAUACAUUUGAUAAAUUUUAAUGGGGUCAAUUGAUCAAAAUAUAAAUAAUUUUUAUAGGAAAAAAAUUUAAUUUUAUAGGAUUUUUUUUUUUUUUUUUUAUGUUCAAGUGGGGUCAAGGGACCCCACUCAAACAUACAUGCAUCUGCCAAUGAUAAUUUUGUACUCAAAAUAUUACAUAAAAGAUUCCAAGAUAAAUAGUUCACAAAACUCCAAGUUACAUAAUUCGACAAAACCCAUUUACAACAUGAUUGUUUCAACCAUAAUGGAAUAUGACCCAAAUAAUUUACAACCCGAUUAAAAAUUAUCAACAUCGAACUGACUCACUACAUUUCUUAACCCACCCAAUUUAACCCUUCAACAAAAUAAAAUUGUUUCCAGACCUUCAACUCAACCCAAUUUGACCCGAUCACUACCCAACUAACCCAACGCGUUUAAAACCUAAUUUGAUUAUGACUUGAAUCGAUAUAAACUUGAACCCGCAUUAAUCUGGGUAAACUCGCUCCUAGCCUUACCCGCUCACCUAACCAAUUACAAAUCGACCCAGAUUAAAACAUACUUCUCACAAAAACUCGAAACAAAUCGAACCACUAACAAUUGAAACAAAAUUAAUCUAACCCGCUAGCCAAAGGAACUCGUUUCAACCUAAAUGAACCUCAUCAAAAGUCUAGUUUAGUCCAAAAUGUGACGAUAAUUCUACAAGAUUCCAAAUCACAAAAAUAAAAAAACACCAUAACCUAAACCAAUUAAAUCCUACCACGUAAUUUUUCCCCCACAAAUGAAUAUCUCCCUCCAUCCAUCUCCACCGAUAAUUAAUGCAAGACAUGAUAAUACCAAAUUUUAAUCCUCACUCUCGAGCUUCUGCUCAAGUCCUCCAAUGGCGGACAUGCUUCACACCAACUUCUCUUCCAAUUCCUCCAUUUUCUCUCUCUUCUCAACUCUCACUCUCUCUCCUCAUUCUAACUUCUCCUUCGUUCGCUUCGCUCCUCUUCGUCGCAGAUUUUCUCACUCCUCAGUUGUCACCAAACUUUGCUCCGAUUCUUCGCAAUUUGAGAUAAUUUCAAGAAUUGAGCUCUCUGAUGGUAGUGUCAGUUUCAAAUUCGGUGAUGCGAGUGAGAUUUCUCGAAAUUUGGAUGAUGUUAAUGGCGGAAUUGAAGUGGAAUUGGAGAGAGAAAGUGAUGAAGGUUUGGAAGGUAAUGCUGUUAAUGAUGGUGAGAGUGAUAGUGAGAGUGCUGAGGCGGAGAAUUUUGAUAGGAAUAGUGUUGAAUUGAAGGAAAUUGGUGAGCAAAAUGCUGAUGAUGUUGUUGAUUUACAGUCUGAUUCUCAAUUUAGUGGAAAUUCCGUUGAAGAUGAACAGAAUUGUGGUUUAAUUUCAGUGGCAGGAGUUGAGAAUUUGAGUGAUUUUGAUGCGGGGAAGUAUGAGAAUCAGGGAGGAAAUGGCGUCGUUACGAUGUGUGAUUCGAGUGUUGGUGUGGUGAUUGGAAAAAAUAAAGAAUUGAGUGAAGCUUAUAAAAAGAGUGAUGAUGAUGAGGUUGAAAAUGGUGGUGAUGAACCCUCUAAUGUUGGUGGGACGAGUUUGGAUGUCGAAGUUUCAGGUGUAGUGGAAACUUUGGAGAAUGAGGUUGUGAAGAAUGAGGUAGUGUCUUUGGAGGAUGAGUCUGUGAAGGAUGGGACUGUCACGGGCGACAUUGUAGAGGGUGAUAUAGUGUCUUUGGAGGAGGGUGAGACAGUGAAAGGCGGUAUUGUGGAGGAUCAGAUUGUGAAGGACGACAUUGUAGAGGAUGAGAUUGUGAAGGCUGGCAUUGUGGAGGAUAAGGAGUCUUUGGAGGAAGAUGAGAAUUUGAAGGGGGGCAUUGUGAAGAAUGAAAUUGUGGAGGAUGCGAAUGACGAGAAUAAGGUAGUGUCUUCGAUGGGAGAGACUUUGAAGGGUGACAUUGUGAAGGACGGGUUUGUAGAGGAUGAGAUUGAGGAGGGUAAGGUGGUCUCUUUGGUGGAAGAGACUAUUAAGGGAGACAUUGUGAGGGAUGAGAUUGUGGAGGAUGAGAUUGAGGUAAUUAAGGUAUUGUCCAAGACUCUGAAGGACAACAUAGUGAAGGACAAGAUUGUGGAGGAUGAGAUUGAGGUAAUUAAGGUAUUGUCCAAGACUCUGAAGGACAACAUAGUGAAGGACAAGAUUGUGGAGGAUGAGAUUGGGGAGGGUAAGGCAGUGUCUUUAGUGGAAGAGACUGUUAAGGACGACAUUGUAAAGGACGAAACUGUGGAGGAUGAUGUUGAGGAGGAUAAGGUAGUGUCUUCAAUGGAAGAGACUGUUGAGGGCGAUAUUGUAAAGGAAAAAAUUGUAGAGGAUGAGAUUGAGGAGGAUAAGGUAUUAUCUUUGGUGCAUGAGACUCUGAAGGGCAACACUGUAAAGGACAAGAUUGUAGAAAAUGAGAUUGGGGAAGGUAAAGUAGAUUCUUUGGUGGAAGAGGCUGUGAAGGGUGACAUUUUUUUUGAAACUGUUAAGGGUGACAUUGUGAAGGACAAAAUUGCGGAGGAUGAGAUUGAGGAGAAUAAGGUGGUGUCUUUGGUGGAUGAGACUAUGAAGGGCGACAUUGAGGACGAGGUAGUGUCUUUGGUAGAUGAAACUGUGAAUGGUGAGGAUGAGAUUGUAGAGGGUGAGAUCGAGGAGGAUAAGGUAGUGUCUUUGGUGGAUGAGACUGUGAAGGGCGACAUUGUGAAGGAUGAUAUGGUGAAGGAUGAUAUUGUGAAGGAUGAGAGUGAGGAGGAAGAGGAAGUGGCUUUGGAGAAUGAGAUUACGAAGAGCGAUAUUGUGAAGAAUGAGAUUGUGGAGGACGAGAUCGUGGAGGAUGAGAUUGUGAAAAAGGCAAUUGUGAAGGAUGAGAUUGCAGAGGAUACAUCAGCGUCUUUGGAGGAUGAGACUGAGAAGGUGUGUGUCUUUACUGUUAAUCACCCAAUACCCAUGGAUGAGGAUGACGAUUCAGUAGAAUUGAUGUCUAAAAAGUUAGAAGCAGAACCAAUUCUCAACGAAGAAACGAGUUCUGAUUUGCAAGAUAAUGUUGGCUUGGGAUCAUUUUUAGGCUCCAACAAGGUUCAUGAUGCCAUAAUUAAUACUGUGACACAAUCUGGUGAUGAUAUUACUGAUAGUCUGGUAGCAGCGGGUCCGAUUACAUCUGAGAUAGCUUCACCAGAAAUUGAUCUUGACAGUCUGAACAAAGCGGAACCCUCAUCUCCUGCCUUUUCUAUUUCAUCAGCUGUUGCAUCAUUGGAACAUUUUCCUGAGGCUUUGACAGGUGGAAAGGAUGCCCAUUUUGUUCUCAAGAAUUGGUUUGGUGUGGCAGACAGCGUUGGUCAAUGGUCCCUUGGAGGAGUGGACAUGGGAUUGUAUGCUCACGAAUUCAUGCAGAACUGUGAAAAGCUACUAAAGAGCACGAGUGCUAGAUUAACCAAUGUUAAACAGCUUCUACAGCAAAGUGCUGCAAUAACACAAUCUACUGGUGCAGCUAGGGUUUUGAUUGCUCACCUCGACAAAGAGGUCCUCCAUGUGGCAAAUAUUGGGGACUCGGGAUUUGUUAUAAUUCGGAAUGGGACUGUCGUCCAAAAAUCUUCUCCAAUGAUUCACGAAUUUAGCUUUCCUUAUGCAAUUGGUUUGGGUGAUGAUUCAGUGGAAGAUGCUGAGGAAUACCAUAUUAAUUUAGAAGAUGGCGAUGUGAUCGUAACAGCAACUGAUGGCCUUUUUGAUAAUCUAUAUGAUAAGGAAAUUGCUUCUAUGGUUUCCAAAGUUCUGGAAGCUGGGAUGUCUUUACAGCAGGACCUAGCAGAACUCUUAGCAACCACAGCAGCAGAAGUGGGGAGGUCAAAAUCUGCAAGAAGUCCCUUUGCAGAUGCAGCUAAGGCGGCUGGUCAUCCUGGAUACUGUGGUGGCAAGCUUGAUCACGUGACUGUUAUAGUAUCACUUGUACAUUUUUUUUUUAAAAUAGUUAGAAGUACUGAUCUGAAGAGCCAUUAGUCCAUUACUAAGCAAUAAGAGGAAAAAUGAUUGUUAGGGCAAUGUAACCAUAUGUACGUACGCCCCAACCCCAAAUCCUCCAUUUGGCAGACUUUUAUGAGCUCUGUAGUCUGUACUGAUUUAAUACUCCGUAAUACUUGAUGAUACCAUGAUGCAAAUUUUUUUGCCCCUGUAGAUAAAACCAGAAUUUCAUGAUGAUGAUACUUAUUUUUAAUGUGUGCCCAUUUAAGUGAUGCUAAAUCAAGGUCCAUCUGUAAAGUCGAAAUGUGCAGCACACUUUUGCCUUGAGGCAACAAACAUGCAAGGGCGACACUUUUUAUUCAUUUAUCUA